AUGCCGAGUAAUGGUGAUGGUGUAAAAUGUGGCAAAUGUAAAGAAGAUAUCCCUCUAGAUGGAGAGUAUGCACUUUGCAGGUUAUGUCAGUCAAGAUAUCAUUUUGAUAAUUGUAGCAUGAAGGCGCAGUCAUGGAAAAGUCUGGGGAAGGCUGGACAAGGAAAAUGGAGUUGUGUAUCUUGUAUGUCCAAAGAAAGAACCUCUAGUCAGACUCAAGAGGAUGAAAUAUUAUCUCAUGAAGUUACGACCAAGAUAGAUAGCCUACUGGCACUCAUUCCGGCAGUAAACCAAAUUAAGGAUACGUUGGAAUUCUUAUCCGGAAAAUAUGAUGACAUUUUAAGUGAAAUUAAAUUGCUUCGUCAGGAAAAUAAAGACUUAAAAGUUGAGCUGAAGGAAGUCAAGGCAAAGCAGCAGGUUAGUGAUGCUACUGUAAAGGACCUACUGAGUAGGGUCAACGAAAUGGAACAAUAUGGUAGAAGAGUGAACCUGGAGAUUCAUGGAGUGCCUGUGAGGGGUCCCAAGGUCGAAGAAGAAGAUACAUAUGAAGUUGUGAAGGAAUUAGGUAAGACUAUUAACGUUCCCUUUGUACCGGAGGAAAUCCAUAGGCUUCACAGGCUUCAGAAAAGGAAAGAUGGAAAUCCUCCUGCUAUAAUGGUACAGUUCUUUUCCAGCCAAGUGCGGGAUAAAUGGCUUCAAGCAGGGAAGAAAUCACGACUUUCGGAUCGGGAUACGGGUAAACAGGUGUUCUUCAAUGAAAACCUAUCACUCUACUACAAGAAUCUGCUGAGAGACACCAAGGCAAGAGCUAAAAUCUAUAACUAUAAGUAUGUAUGGUUUAAAAAUGGGAAGGUAUUUGUAAAAAGAGGUGAAGGAAGUGAAAAUGUAAUUGUAAUCAGAAGCUUAGAUGACAUAAAGAAAAUUGGUGUAUAA